UCACGAUACUUCUACAAAUCUACACACUCAUCCCUUCUAAAUCCUCCAUCAGUGGCGCAUCUCAGCUUUGGUUCAGUCGCACAGAAGCUCCGUCACACCUGUUCCCGGAUCUUCUCGGGGUGUUGCUCGCCUCUCUCCUUUCAAAUCCAAAUCUGCAAUCCGCUAAUUUAGCCAAAGUUUGGAGGUUAGAUUUUCAAUUUCACGCAAUUAAUUCCUCCUUUUCCAAUGGAUCUUCUCCGUCACGCUCUCUUUCGUUCCUCCUCCUCCCCCGCCACCGCCUCUGCUGCCAUUGUUCGGUUGUUCCUCUGAGUUAUCGGAAGCUUUCACCGCUGCCGCGACUGCUCGCGUCGCACGAUCUCUCUCUAUCAUCCAUUGCAUUGCACGAGCCCCCUCCUUGUGAUUCUGUUGCUUAGGUUUCUAUCACAUGCUGGUAUCUCGAAACAGAUGGUUAGUGCAGUGAAACGUGGAAGGAUUCAAGUUGAUGGUGAGAGGGUACCAGUUUCAUACAUAAUUAAAUCAUCACAGAAGAUUAGCCAUUUCGUACACAGGCAUGAACUGCCUGUGAUGGCUUGUGAGGUUCUGAUUCUCCAAAAAGAACUAGACGUGCUGACUGUUUGUAAACCUGCAUCUGUCCCUGAGCAUCACAUUCGAACUGGUUGUGGUUCUGUGUCUGUUAUAGUGUAUGGGGAUCCUGAGAAACCAGCUCUGAUCACUUAUCCAGACCUAGCACUAAAUUAUAUGUCAUGUUUCCAAGGAUUAUUUUUCUGUCCAGAGGCAGCUUCUUUGCUGCUUCACAACUUCUGCAUAUAUCAUAUCAGUCCUCCUGGACACGAGAGCUGGUACCAGGAGGUAUCAAAGCUAAAGGCAAAGUAUGAGUCUCUACAAAGGACUCAGAGGCACUUGUUUGGGAAAGAUCUUGGACCAUUGAGCAUAAAGGAGCUGCAGAAUCUUGAGAAACAGCUUGAAGGUUCUUUAGCACAGGCCAGGCAGAGAAAAGUCAGUGCAAACACCUAUCUAUUAUCUUUCAUUUGCUUCUUUCUUUUUGUUCAAAUUUGUUCUUUGAUUGCUUUCCUUUAUCUUUUUUUUUAUAUAUAAUUAUUUGGUUACUUUUCUUUGAUUGUAUAUAUAACAUGCCUGAUAAUAAAGGAUCUAAAAUUAAAUCAGUGGGUUAAUUAGGGUACAACCUAUUUUAACUUGAUUCAACAAAGUUUUGACUGUUAAAUUAAACAUCAUAUAAAGUUGAAAAGUGAAAGUAAGGGAAAGACAUAAAAGUAAAGAGGAGGGAAAAAUGCUUAAUUACUUGGUAAUGAAACAUUAUCAUGCAAAAAAUUUAAACUGCUUUUUUUUUUUAAAUUUCUUCUCAAAGCACUAAGUUGAUCAACACAAGCAAUAAAUUGUUAGAAAAAUAAUUGAGAAAUUUCUAGCAGUUCAGAAAAUAGAAAAGUAUCCCGUUUAGUUUCAGUUGACAAUCAUGUAACCUAUACUAAAAGACAGGGAUGCUUGUAUAACGUAAUUGUCAACUGUUGGCUCGAAAGUGUAAGUACAUUUUCAAAAUUUUGGUGAGGCUUGCUUCCGUAGCAAAGGGGAAGAAAUGAAACAAACAUGAACAAUCAAAGUCUCAGGCAAGUUCUCAAGUUCUACUCAUAUUAUCUGUUGAUUUUAUCUGUAAAUAAAUAAACGAUGUUCUGUUGGUUAAGAUUGUGAUACUCUUCUCUUCACUUGACUAACUUUUUACUUUUUAGCUAGUUGUUGAUGCCAAUAUAGACUAUAAUGCUCGGGAAGGGAGGAGCAUAGCGGAAGUGAGCACCUUAAUCUCUAUAGCUGACAGAGGGUUUUGGUAGCUAGUGGAUAUUACUCAACCUAUUUGAGUUAUAGGUUUUUUCAUCUAAUUUAUGAUAUCUUGUUUCUUGUGGUGAACAUUUAGGCUUCUUGCACUGGCUACUUUAUUUGCUAAGGAUAUUAAUAGUCCAUAUACUGUGUCUAUAAAGAUUAGGGCAGUGCUACGGUGAUGAAAGAAAAAAAUUUCCUUAUAUGCAGAAAAAACGUGGAGAAAUUUUGUGGUGAACACGUGUUGACUGGUUCCUUAAAGAACAACAAUUCUGACUACAAAACAGAAGCUGCAGCGUGUGGCAGAUAAAGGAGAUUAAUUAGGUAAGUAUUAUUUUGUACUAAUGAUUAUGAUUAAAAUUUUGGACUUUUUUAUUUUCGGCUCAGUAAUGUUUUUGGCAGCUGGAUUAUUUUUGUAAAACAAAUGGCUGGGAUAGUGUUGUAACAAAUAAAAAGAUGCUUCCUUCAUCAAAAUAGCUGUAUAGCUUAAUUCCGAUCCGAUUCACGACGGAUUAGUCUUUGACCUGUCGGACUGGAAAAUAUCGUGGGCAACCAAAAAAAGCUGUAUAGCUUAAUAUAUGCUUUUUUUUUACUUAACGUGCUUUUGUCUUUAAUUUUUUUGGGACAUCUUUAUU